AAGUUUGUGCAGAUCUAAAUGUACCACUUUGGAUUUAUACAGGAUUGCAUUUGUCCCUACCAUUUACCAAUCUAGUGUCGAAGAGGUUUUUGAGAACAGGGUCUGACAUUGAAGACUAACCGUGCUAAAUCCUUGACUGUGUACUGAGCGCAAUCCAUCUCUCUCUCUGUCUCUCUGCCUGGCUAUAAUCUGCAGACUUCACUCAAACACAGCUACAGCAGAAAGCCACUGAACCGCCGAGCUGUACGGACGUGUAUACUCUACUCCCUUACUCCCAUUCUCUCCGUUCAGCACUCAUGCUUUGCUAUUGACUCCUGCUUUCGUGCUCUGUGUUGAAAUCUACUGGUGUUGUAUACCGAUCGCUGAUGCUCUCGUAGCUAGCCCACGCUCACACGCACAUAAGACCUAACAGCAGUAGCAAGAUACUGCCUUGGCUUAGCUUAGCUAGCUUGGCUCACUUACUAUAUAGAGGUGAUUGGAAACACAUCGCAGAUCGCUAGAGGACCCUUUACUCUCACGGUGAUAACCCGUAGCCGUUUCUUGGCCUGUCUCUCGUGAGUUUAUCAGCUACGUUUUGAGGUGAGCUGAGCUGUGGAGGUUGUGAACCAUUCCCAUUCUCACGCAGGAAGCCAAGUUUUUUUUAUUGUGGGAUUUGAUGUUUGUUGCCAACAAUCACGUAAUGGAUUUUGUAUGGAUGUGAUCACAUUUUUUCCCAGGAUUUGAUCAAGUAUAACUGAGUAAGGUUGAGGCGGGAAAUAAUUAGCAGAAGAGCCUCAUUUGUGGCUUCUUAGCUGUCAAUCCUUGCUCCCCCGAGAUCUCUGCGUUGUCAUGGAGAUGAUGGAGACGUCAACGCAGUAUCACGGUAGGCUGGGCGGCUCGCUGUGUUCCAUUAACGACCAUCACAUGGCGCUCGGCCAGCUAAGCAAGGGAAACAGUAGCGAAGACACAUCUAGCGACGACGUGGACUUGGAUGCCCUAGUUAACGGCAUGAAUUCCUUCCCCACAUACAACGAAGACAGGCCGCUAUUGGCCAGCACUGAAUCAUUAAACAACCAUCUCUCUGCGCAGCAGGGCGGUCUCAACGGUAUCUACAUGUGUCGUCAAGCCAGCCAGCCGGCCACACCCACAAGAACCCAACCCCGCUCCCCCCACAACCAGAACCAUAGCAACAAUCAUCAGGUCGUCAAUGACCACCACAAUCAUCAUCUUCAUGAAAGGCAUCAGCUCCAGCAUAGCAACAGCCUCACGUCUCGCUUCAUCCCGCGCCUCGAUCGCGAAUGGAGGAGCAAGUCGAUGCCGGAAGAUCUGCGAGAGCCGGUGGCCACCGCCCCGCUCAGCUCGUCGUUCCCUCGGAGGGGGCAGAGCGAGAGCAGCAGUGGGGGUAGCGACGGGGACGAGGCACAGGUACCGGACCCCUUCCCUGAGCUGGGCGGAUGCAGUCCAAGAUGGAAAACAACGCUAGGCUCUGCUGUGGAGGAAUUAUUUCUGAGACAGAAGCUUAAAGAGAAGAAGACUUUGGAGGAAACUAACAACAAUGACAACAUCACACAGGCGCUGGUGAAGGUGCUUAGUGAAGAUGGCAUGACAAAGGUUUAUCAGGUAGACGGUAGUCACCGGGUGGAGGAGAUCUGCAGACAGAUGGUUGCUAGGAACCACGCCCUUAACGACAAAAGCUGGUCACUCGUAGAAGAGCUCCCGGACCUUGAUUUAGAAAGGACGCUAGAGGAUCACGAAAGUGUAUUAGAGGUCUACAAGCAGCACCUGAGCUCUACGAAUGGCAGACUCCACUUACGAAAAGACUUUCGCAAAUAUGAGAUGUUUCUGAAUCCAGGGCAAUUCUUCCCAGCGCACAUGGUAGCCGACCCCAGCGAGACGGCCGAUAAUUUAUUUGAGAAGCCCAAGCGGCCCCGACCGCCAUUAUUACUGGACAUGCUGAGCCCAGUGGAGACUCUACCAGAGAUCCAGGGCUGGCUUCACAUCAGGGAGGGCCACAAACGCUCCUGGAAGAAACACUUCUGUGUCCUCAGGGAAUCAGGACUCUACUACUCCUCCAAAGGCAGUUCCAAGGACCCCAGACACCUGAAUCACUUUGUGCAAUUGAGUAACAUUGAAAUCUACCGGGCAUUGAACCCUAAGAAGAAGUACCACGCGCCCACCGAGUUCAUGUUCUGUACCAAGACCAAGAACUCCAAAUUCAGUGCAAAGGACUUGAGAUUACUGUGUGCCGAGGACGAGAAGACACGACAGUGCUGGCUAGCCGCUCUGCGACUCUUCAAGCACGGCGAACAGCUGCUGGAGAACUACCAGAGGGCGCUCGAGAGAACCAUCAAGACGAGGGAGGAGUGCCAGGAAGUCUUAUUACAGAACAUGAAGAACUGUUCAGACCGUGUUGCAAUGGAUUUCUCUGGGACGCAAGGACGGGUUAUCGACAAUCCCAGUGAAGCCAUCGCCAUCGCUAGGCAGGAGGAGUUCAACUGGAGGAGACGGGGUGGUCAGCGGUCGCUGGACAGUCCUCUCAUAAGCCCCCGAGUGACGACCAGCAGCCCACGCUUCAAUUUCCCUCCGUCAUCCGGGGGCUCCAACAGCCCCCACUCCCAGCUAUCCAGCAGCCCCCGGCACAACAACCCCAGCCCUCGAAGCCAUCACAACACCAGCCCUGGGGCUUGCAGGAGGGGCGGCAUCAACUCAGGUAUUCACAUGACUCAGCCGUGGUUCCACAGCGGACUGACGCGAGAUGAGACACAUGCCCUCUUUGCCAAGCAAGGCAUGGUGGACGGGAUGUUCCUGAUCAGGGAGAGUCAACGGAUUCCAGGAGCGUUCGUCCUCUCAUUCAGCCACAAUCAGAAGGUCAAGCACUAUCAAAUCAACAUGGUUGAAGAUGGCGUCUACACGAUAGACGACGGCGGGACACGCUUCACCGACCUCAUUCAGCUCGUGGAAUUUUACCAGCUCAACUCGGGAGGGCUCCCUACAAGACUGUUACACAUCUGCACAAAACUGUGAACGGGAUUGCCUGCCUGCCACGCCCCAAAUCUCUUGCAAUUAUUUGAUUGAAGAUUUAGAACAACGAAAGACGUAUAUAUAUAUUCUGUGGAAGAUAUUAUAUGGAUGUACUACUUGUCAGCAAUGUUUGCUUAUUUAAAACUUGUGAUGUAUACUUUUUUUUUAACGAAAAGGAAGCUGUACCAGCUCUUUUUAACAACAGUGCGGCAGCCGCUGCUUUUUCGAGAGGUGUCUGAUACGGGGCGCAACGUCGUGCCCUUGAAGAUGCUAAAUUUAUUCUUGUGGUGGUGGAAUAACAUCGUGAACACGGAUGAAGAGUUCUUGCGAAUUCUAAAAAGAUGUUUGACUUUUGUAACGUUCUUUGGAUUUUGUGGAUGUAAUGGCCGACAAGUGAACCAUAGCAGUAUUGAGGAUACGACGACGGACGCUUUUUUUUAAUCGUACUUCUUUGACGGAGGUUUGAACGCGAGAAAAAGGACUCGGAGUGAAUUCUCAUCUUCAUGAUCAUGGAAAUGAUGGCAGCGAUAUUUAUCUCUUGAUGCUAUCUCUGCAAUGCUGGUCUCAAGAUAUAUUCUUCAAGCCUUCUAUUGGUGAUGGGAAAACAACGUAUUCUAUAUUUGUUAUCGUGAUGGUGGAUAUGUAUUACUGGCUUAUUCUAUAAAGUCAACUAUUGAUGGUUAACUGAUUGGAAACAACUGUUGGUGAUGGAAUCCUUUGUGAAAGGAUGCAUAACAAAGAUAAUUAUUAAUGUAUGAAUCAUUCUCUUUGUAGUAAUAGAUCGAAUUCAGGAAAAAGAAAUGUGUGGGGUUAAUAUUCCUCACUAUGUGAUGGUGUUUAUGACUAUAAAACUAUCCUCUAUUUAUUGGUUAAAUGGUGUUAUUUGUGAAACUUAGAAGUCUUUUUUUCCAAUGACAUGUACCAUCUGUUUUUACAGUAUACAAAGCGGUAGUCUGGCCUUAUAGACUAAAGGAUACUAGUUUGGUAUCAGAUUUUAAACGUCCAAAAUAUGGUGGAAAUGAUACUGAUAAAAAGUAUUUUUCUUAUUUUUUGUUUACAAUUCACACAAUUAAGUGUGAAGCAGUAUCACAAACUCUUUACAGCCUAACAUGCAAUGCACAAGUAUUUAAAAGUUCUUUUUGAAACUUCAUCAGAAUAAUAUCCUUGUUUGACAUGCUUGCAUUUGAAUAUCUUUUUCUAUGUAAGUUGUGGCAAUUGUACUUAUCAAGUUUUUCUUAAGCUCUCGAUUCUCGUUGAGAAAAAAAAUCCUUCAUCUAUUUGAGAGGGGAGUGUCCAUUGACGACGUCACGACCGUGACAUAUUAAUUUUCAUAUCUUUGGUUCUUCAAAUUUGAAUCUAUAAGAAAUGCUCAAAUUGACAAAUUUGCUCUCAGCCAAUUAGAUGCAAUGAUUUCACUGAGUAGCUUGUAAGAGUUAUUAUAUCUUGUUAUUGAUAACAGGUUUGAUGAACUAAGGCCCUGGUGGUGGGUUUGGAUAAGACAUUCUUUGAUUGUUCAUCGGAAAGAAAAUAAUUCAAAGAAAUUACUAGACAGAUUUCAUUGGUGCUGUUAUUGUACUAUUAUGUUUGUGUUUGCGUAACCUGAUAUAUUCAUAUCGUGACUUACAUGUUACUCUCAAGAUGUCACAAGUCCAAAACAUGAUUGACUUUUUUUCUUCAUCUGCGGCAUUGAACGGGUGUAACUAAUAUCACAUGCACAUUGCACACUAAGGAUCCAGACAAUAAGAACCCGUUCCCAUUUUUCAUUGGGCGUGUUUUGUUUUAUAGUGCACAUCACUUUCCCUAAUGCAUAUGACAUAAGUGACAAAUAUAUAGGAAGAUUGAUUUCUAUUUGUUGGCUUUGAAACUAAUGUUAGAAACUUUCGAUUCCUCUGUCGCUUUUUCCUGCACACAGAUUGUUGUUAACAUAUGCACAGCACAUGGUACUUUGCUGAUAGAGAUUUGUAAUUUUAACGUUGAAGGUUUUAUUAACACAUGUAAACAUACAUAUUCAUGGGUAACUUGAUAAACGUGAGAUUCUUGAGCUGACAUCCUCUUUGAUUAAAGACAGCCCCAUUUGCAUAUCCAUUUUCAAUCGAUUUGAACCCCAAGAAUAUUCUUGAGCUUCAUUGCGAAGGAUUAGAAAUGGGAAGUUAAGCUUUAAACAGUCUCAUUUGUGCCAUCCUAAAGCUGAGAAUCUGCUCUCGUAGCAAGGUGUUGAAACUCUAAAGCAAAAAGUGAAUCGUUGUUACUUAGAAUGCAACAAUAAGCUUGUAUGAUAAUAAAAUUCAGCUUUUAUAUAGCGUUUAAUACAUCAACUAUCUUUCUAAGUGUUUUACAGAUAUAAUAUUUCCAGGUCAUUGGAUUCAGGCUUGCCCGCACACAAUCCAUGCACAUUCUCCACUCUCUGGGGAGCAUAUCAUUAUAGUACUCUUCUGUAUGCACCCAAUUGUACCUUUGCACUCUGUCAUAUUUUCUGUUUGAACUGAUAACGUGAGCAGUUUACUGCUUGAUUUCACGGUUUGAGAACAAGUCAGGAAAUUUAUGACGACAGCACUAACCAUUGCCAUAGGAGAUUCAACUCACCAGUUGACUACAAAGUCCAAGAAAGGAAUUAAAUGUCCCAUUUUUUCUUUAUGAAAUUUGGUUAACUAUUAUUUGUCUUGUGUGUAAAUACAUGGUCUACAAUCGAGACAUUUUAUCAAAUAUAAUUUGUAAAAGACAUUCUUGCAAACUAGUGUAUUUCACAAAAAUCAUGGCAAUUUUUCCACUUUGUCAUAAAUCUGGUCACUAUCUGUUUUAGCCAAUUACACCCUUUUGUAUCAACUUAUUUUUAUGUACAGGGGGUAUGUAGUAUGAAACGCCAGUGAAAUAAUCAAGCAGCAUAAUGCAAGGUAUCACUUUUUGUAAUAUGGUCGUCAUGCUUGCUUUUAUGAUAUAUCUUCACUUUAAAGUAUUCUUGUCAAUUGCUUGUUGUUGAAUUUUGACCCAUCUUGCUGUCCAUAGGGAGAUGGAAAGGAUUUUUGACACGUCCCGCCGUCCAUAGUGAGAUGGAUAACAUUACCUCUCUCAUCAUGACUUUGUCAAUGAAUCUAGGUAGCGGCCUAUGUGUUGCACAAUUCCUAAACACCAAAUAAAUGUAUUUUGAUGAUUAUUGAUAGGGACAAGUCCCUUUUUAGUGUUUAAAAAUUUAUUGAAAUGAUGAUGCAAUCACUAUAUUUAAUCUCACUCAAUCUGAUUAUAACUUAUGGAAAAGAAGUAUUUUGUAAUGAUGUUGAAAAGAUACCUUGUGAUUUAUAUUGUAUAGUACAUGUAGAUGUUCCUAUUUUGCUCUUGAAUGUGAGAGCGAUAUUUUCAGGGCUUGCUAUUGGGUGCUUUUUUCUUUCUUUUAGAAUUCUCAUUUUUGGACAAGGGAUCUGCAUUGCAUGGUUACCAUAAUUACUGUAAUAAGGUCUGCCAUUUUUUCCAAUGCAUUCUUUCUUUUUGAAAUGCCUAACUCCAUCUUUGAGUACUUGGAGUUUGGGUCGAGUGAAAAGGUUAAUAAUUAAACAAAUCUUAUUACAAUCACUUUAACAAAAUAUUAAUAUUGUAUAGAAUGGGAGCAAAGUGAGACAGACCCUGUGAUUUUUCAAGGAACUUGUUUUAAGCAAAUUUGUUAUAUAAAUGAGAUACCAUGAAUGUUAUUAAACCUUUGGCCCAAUAUGGCUCUCAAACGGCCUGUUGUAAACAUUGGCAUCAGAAUUUAGGGCACAAGGAUGAGAAAAGGUACAGACAUUUUUAAAGUAAUGGUAGGGAAAGUUCUUGCAAGUAACCUUUAACAUUUCCUGCAAGUGAUAUAAAAUAUCCUCUUUAUACAAACUGAUCCUAGUUGCAGUAGCCAGCCAUGCAGAUUUUAAUUCUUAUAUUCUUUUGCUUUCUUGUCCGAGUUGUAUUCUUGUAUUCAUCAUCUGGCCAUCCUUUCUGGUCAGUAAUGUUUUGAUAUUUUCCUUUCCAUUACUGUAAUUGAUUUUGUUUUGAUAACUUUUGAUACUGUCAUUAUGAAGGAAGGUGUGACCUUUUUAUAAAUAGAAAAAGAAUUGAUUUAAUAUUAUUAUGUCAUGUGGUGUACCUAGGGUACAUGAAUAUUCUUAUUUAUGUAUUUUUGUUUGGCGUUAAGUUAACAAAUUAUGGGUCAAGUAUUGUUGAGAAGUAUAUAGAUAUUUUUCUCUUUAAGUUUUUUUUUUUCCUUCUUCUUUUUGUCAUCAUCGCUUGGAUCUAUGAAAGAUUCUUUUUUGUUUUCUUCAUUUUCUUGACAUGGGUAUAAAGAUUUAUCUUUUCACUGUACUAAUAAUGACAUCAUUUUGCUCUGUAUAUUCUGUACAAUGAAUAUCUUUCUAUAUAUAUUGUUUAUAAUAGUCAAAAGCUGACUAAUGUUGCGGUAGUUUUUAUACAUGACUUUAUUCCUUUCGUUGUUACACUGCCAUGUGUCAAGUAUAUAUUUUAUAAGUGUACUUUUUAAAGAAUUGUAAGUUGAAAAUCUUGCACCUAUCCGUGAUAUUGGUGGAUGGGGUCGCUCUCUCUCUCUCUCUCUCUCUCUCUUUCUCCCUUCUGUCAAUCUCCCUAGAUCCUUUAUAGCCUUGACCUUUCAACUUUCUUCUCUAUCAUAAACACUGUGCAAGUUCGUACUGUAAGAAAUGUAUUCAAGAUGAAAAAAAUCAUAUUUGGAAAAUAUUGUCCUUAUACAGGUAUAUCUAUUUAUCCCACCAGUAUAUAAACAGACUUUUAUAUGAAAAAAAAUGAAGAAAAGUUGUUUUGAAUUCUUCUAACUACAGAGUAUUGCUGUUUAAAACAGACAUUUGUUGAAGAUAAUGUGAAUUUCUUGGGAAUGUAGUGCUGGGAGAGGGAUUUCCGAAGGUUCAGACGCAGGCUGUGUAUCGCGGCUUCACAGAGUUGGAUUUGUUUAUUUUUUUCAAUGGUAUGAUGGCAUUAUUGACUGCAUAAAAGGUUUAUGAUUAAAAUGCUAAAAAAGAAAGAGGCACUAUGUAAAAAAAAAA